AUGGUCGUUCGUUUUUUUUUCUCUUUCGUUCUCUAUCUUUCUUUCUCUUUCUAUCGCCUUCCCUCUCAUUUUCUUUCCUUAUAUAAUAUUUUCGUUUUUACCUGUUUUUAUUUAUUUCUUUCUUUCUUUCUUUCUUUUCCUUCCUUCCUUCUUUCUUUCUUUCUUCCCUUCAUUCAUUUUUCCUUUCCUUUGUUUUUACCUGUCUUGCUUUCUUUUGUUCCUUCUUCCUUCCUUUUACUUUCUUUCUUUCUUUCUUUCUUUCUUUUUUUCUUUCUUUCUUUCUUUCUUUCUUUCUUUCUUUUCAAUCUGUCCGUUCCAGUGUAUUUCCAUUUCAAUUCUGAUAUAUAUUUUAAAUUUGUUCUUUUUUCUUUCUUUCUUUCUUUCUUUCUUUCUUUCUUUCUUUGUUCGUUUUUAUCCGUCUUUCCUUCCUUUCUUUCUUCUUACUUCUUUCUUUCUUUCCUUCUUUCUUUCAUUUUUCCACUCCUUCGUUUUUACUUGUCUUUCCUUCAUUUCUUCUUUCCUCCUUCCUUUUUCUUUCUUUCUUUCUUUUUUCUUUCUUUCUUUCUUUUCCUAUUUUAUGGGAUUUCUUUCUUUAUUCUACUCUCCACCCAGGGUCUUUUUUUUCUCUCUCCCUCUGCUUUCUACUCUUGA